ACUAACAACUUGCAACUUGUCAACUCGCAGCUGAAAGCAACAAAAUGUCCUUUCAUUUGAAACGCAAUUUGGCAAUUUUUGCAAUUAUUUUCAUUGUGGUACAGUUGGUGAAAUGUCAGGACGACAUGCCCCAGGAAUCAGAAGAAGAGGAGGAUGAUUCCUCUUCCGAGGAAACCGUGGAAGAUUCAAAUGAAUCUGGCAAUCGGCGACGUCGUUCGGCCGAAAUGAUGGGUCAACCGGUACCAAAGAGUCAGGAAGAGGAUAUGAAGCCGAGUCGUGCCAUACCCGGUCUACCAGAUCCUGCAAUGAUUUUGAAAAUCGCUGAGAUACUAACCACUGUGGGCCAAGAAAUUCUACCCGUUCUGGUGCAAGCUAUUGGCUAAUAGGGACUUGAAUGCUUGCAAAUAAAUAAAAGGAUUGAGGGAAGUUGAAAAAAAAACAUCUGGUGUUUGGAAAACGAGGAAAGAGUGUGGGAGUUACGAAAGGGAUUGAAAAAUUCAGUGGGUCUAUUAUUUUUGAGCCUUAAAUGUAGCGUUCGUAUUGGCUACUUUGUAUUUCACUGAAAACAAAUAAAAAAAAUUGGAAACUGACA